CAGUGCCAGUCAGUGCCACCUAUCAAUGCCAAUCAGUGCCGCCUAUCAGUGACCAUCAGUUCUUUUCUAAGUGUGCAUCAGUGCCGCCUAUCAGUGCCUGUCAGUGCCUCCUAUCAGUGCCAAUCAGUGCCGCCUAACAGUGCCAGUCAGUGCCACCUAACAGUGCCAGUCAGUGCCGCCUAUCAGUGCCAUGUCCAUCAGUGAUGCCUGUCAAUACCCAUCAGUGCCAUCUACCAGUGCCUCCUCAUCAGUGCCCAUCAGUGCAGCCUAUCAGUGCCCAUCACUGCAGCCGCAUUAGCGCACAUCAGUGAAGGAGAAAAAUCACUUAUUUACAAAAUUUUACAACAAAAACUAA